AUGGCCUUGCUCUCUUGUGCAGGAAGCAUUGAGUAUGGUCCAUCUGAGCCGUCAUUGUCCUGGGUCUGUGAGAUCCAGGAAGACCCUGCCACUCGAGGCGAUUGGUGGGAUGCCCCUCGCACAGCACUUGACUCUGCACUUGUAGAGGCCUGUCGAGAGCUUGGGCUUCACCUUUGUCAGCUCCUCACUCAAGCGUGCUAUCUACCGCCCUAG